CAAGACGGCCGGCCUGGCGCCGCAGCUCGCCUGCUCCCGGCCGCUUCCCGCCGCGGCCGGCCCCGAGGCACGACCCCGCUGCUUCUCGCCGCAACCGGCCAUGAGGCGCGGGCAGCCGGCCGGCGCCGACGCUCCCCGCCGCGGCCGGCCCGGGGCGCGCGCAGCCAGCCCGGCGCCGCCGCUCCCCGCAGCAGCCGGCCCCGAGGCACGACCCCGCCGCUUCUCGCCGCAGCCGGCCCGGCGGCAGGCACGGCCCCGCCGCUCCUCUCCGCGGCCGGCCGAGGGAGCGCGCGUCGGCAGCAGGAGAAGGCCGCCGUCGUCCUCGGCGACGGCGACGCCAGGUUGGUGUUCGUGGACGAGGCGGACAUUGCGGCCUACACGGUGCUGGCCCGCGCGGCGAGAACAAGACGCUGCACAUCAGGCUGCCGGCCAACACGCUGUCGCACAACGAGCUGCUAGCGCUGUGGGAGGGGAAGACCGGCAGGCGCGCGAGCUGGUGCACGUCCCCGAGGACGCCGUCCUCAAGCAGAUCCAAGAGGCUGCGAUUCCGAUGAACCUCAUGCUGUCGAUCGGGCACGCAACGCAUAUCAAGGCCGAGAGCGCAGCCGGGAGCAUGAGAGCGCGGCGGCAGCGGGGGAUGACCGCCGGAGCGCGAGGCCGCGGAUGUGGCCGGGAGGGCCGGCGAUUGCUGGCUUCACCGCGCGCGGCCCUGCGGCGAGCACGCCGGCCGGCCGCACGACGGCAACCUGGAGAUUCUGGAAUGGAGCAUGUCCGUGUGCAUCCCAAGUUUCUACAUUCCAACGCGACAAGCCACAAGUGGGCUCUAGGAGCUUUUGCCGAGCUUCUGGAUAACUCUCUUGAUGAAGUCAUGAAUGGAGCUACAUUUGUGAACAUUGACAUGAUAGAAAAUAAGAAGGAUGGAACUCGGAUGCUUCUCGUUGAAGACGAUGGUGGGGGAAUGAACCCAGAUAAGAUGCGGCAUUGCAUGUCCUUGGGUUAUUCUGCAAAGAGCAAAGUUAAGAAUACCAUUGGACAAUAUGGAAAUGGUUUUAAGACAAGUACAAUGAGACUUGGUGCUGAUGUCUUAGUGUUUUCACGUAGUCGUGGCACUGAAGGAACAAGGCCUACACAAAGCAUUGGGAUGCUAUCAUACACCUUCCUGAGAAGCACCAACAAAGAAGAUAUCAUUGUUCCUAUGAUCGAUUAUGAAAAGGAACAUGAAUGGGAAAGGAAGGUGCGCACAACAUGGACUGAUUGGCGUAUAAGCUUAGAGACUAUAAUACAAUGGUCUCCUUAUUCCACUGAAGCAGAACUUAUCCAGGAGUUUGGCUUCAUAGGGGAACAAGGAACUCGAAUUGUUAUAUACAAUCUGUGGGAGGAUGAUGAAGGAGAGUUGGAGCUUGAUUUUGAUGCUGACGCAAAUGAUAUUCAAAUUAGAGGUGUUAAUCGAGAUCAGAAAAAUAUCCAGAUGGCAAAUCACUUUCCAAACUCCAAACACUUCUUUACUUAUAGACAUUCUCUAAGGAGUUAUGCAUCAAUUUUAUAUCUUUGGCUCCCGGAUAACUUCCGAAUGAUUUUACGGGGAAUAGAGAUUGAACACCAUAAUAUUGUCAAUGAUCUGAUGCUAAAGAAGCAACUUACUUAUAAGCCAGCAAUGGCCAACGGAUUUCCAAAGGAUACACAUAUGGCUGCUACUGUGACAAUUGGUUUUGUUAAAGAUGCCAAACAUCAUAUUGACAUUCAAGGGUUUAACGUUUACCACAAAAACCGCCUAAUAAAGCCUUUCUGGAGAGUAUGGACUGCUGCUGGAUCUGGUGGCCGUGGUAUUAUAGGUGUACUAGAAGUAAACUUUGUAGAACCAGCUCAUGACAAGCAGGACUUUGAGCGCACAAAUUGUCUAGCAAGACUAGAAGCACGACUAAACCGAAUGCAGAAGAAAUAUUGGUCAGAUCAUCGCCAUCGAAUCGGUUAUCAUAUUGAUAGUGAUAGCACAAGUUCUGGGACAAGAAAAAGAGGACAGUCUUCACGCCGAUUUGAGAAAGGUUCCCAGAAGUCAAUUUCUUUACAAAGAAUCAAAAGUGCUGACAGAUCAUGUUCUGACACAACAAAUAAGAAUAUUGAUGCAAGAAUCUCAUCCCCAGGAAUGACCAAGCCUAUGGCUCCUAAUAGGGAGUUCUCUUCAAGAAUGAUAACCCACCAGAGAGCUGAAAUGUCUGCAAGUACCAUAAGACCUGAAAGAUCAGUUUUGCAUAGUUUGUCAAAUACAAGUGAUGGCGAUACUGAGAUUGCAAUAACCCCAUCCAGAUCAACUUCCCCUACCCUAAGGACACCUGAAAAAUCUUUUCGUAAGGUGAAUACUAGUUUGCUUUCACCAUCGCUCGAUGGAGUAAAACGAAGUGAGAGGAUUGCAGCGAGAUACCAAUCAAAGGAAGCAAAUGUAACAACUAAUGGAGAUGGUCAAUCUAGUAUUGACACUGAAGCUGUUAUCAAUCAGCUGAAGGAAGAAAAUUCAUCGUUGAAGGAGAGAAUCUUGAUGGUGCAGGAAUCAUUGUCAAGGGAACUGCAGAUCGAGCGGGAUAAGAAUAAGUAUCUUAUCGAGAGGCUCGAGGAUGUGGAGAGAAAACUUGAUACUGCAAAGAAGGAGCAAGAAGCAACGAUAGAACUCUUUGCGGAAGAAAGAAACUACCGCGACCGAGAGGAGGAGAACCUAAAGAAAAAGCUCAGGGAUGCCUCCUCCACCAUUCAAGACCUGACGGAGAAGCUCGAUGCUGCUCAGAACUGCCACAAGAGAUGAAGGAGCAGAGGAAGUAACUUCGCAGCAGUAGCGCGCGUGUAUCGGCAUGCCAUCUCUUCUGUGAAGCAUGGUAGCACAAAUAAUGUCGAAAUGGUUGUAGCCGGAGCAGCUGUUAGCAGUAGCAGAAUAAUGUCCUGUAUAUGUUUUACACCCUGUUGCUAGAUGUGCAUGUAUAUAUGAUAUAUGUGUUGUAUGUACCAGUGUACCACGAGAGCUCAAGUGCUACUAGCUAGGUGCGAACGAAUGGGUUCAUGCCUUCAUGGUAGAGUUCACCCGGCGCGUGUGGUUGCGGUCUUGCUGAGUUGACUAGCCACUCCCCGGCUCAUGUACUGCUGUACAUCUUCGCAACUGCUGUCCAAUUUGUUGUAAUAUAUGCUGUUCUGCGUGUCGUGCUGA